AUGGCUCUUGCUCUUGAGAGUUUGGUGCUGAUUUUCCCGCUCCUUCUGUCCCUCGACUUGUUUGUUCCCAAGUCCAUCUCAGCAAUAUCCAUUGUUGGAAAUGAAACUGAUAAGCUAGCAUUGCUUCAGUUUAAGUCCAAAAUAAGUGAUGACCCAAAUGGAGUGUUGGCGUCUUGGAACGAGUCCUCACCAUUCUGCCAGUGGGUGGGAGUCACAUGUGGUCUCAAACAUCAAAGAGUCAUCAGCUUGAACCUAUAUAAUCAAGAAUUGGUUGGAACAAUAUCGCCCCACAUCGGAAAUCUUUCUUUCCUCCGAUCCUUCAACUUGGGAAACAACUCCUUUUGUAGUGAAAUCCCACCAGAAAUUGGUCGCUUGCUCAGGCUGCACAACUUAAACCUAGGCAAUAAUCUUCUACAGGGUGAAAUUCCUGUCAAUCUGUCGGGUUGUUCCAAUCUAAUAAAUGUCACACUGGAUCACAACCAUCUCAUAGGUGGAGUUCCUUUUGAGCUUGGGUCUUUAUCAGAGCUUGCAGUGCUGUGUCUCGAAAACAACAAUCUUUCGGGAACCAUACCAGCUUCAAUUGGAAAUCUAUCCUCUCUCCAAAUAUUUUGGGCACACUACAACAAUUUUGGGGGAGAAAUUUCUGAUAAGUUUUCCCAAUUAAGGAGUUUGACAGAGUUUGCAAUUGCAGCGAACAAUUACAGUGGUGUGCUUCCUCCUGUUCUUUACAAUCUUUCAUCACUCAGAAUUGUUAGUCUGGGUGUAAAUAAUUUCCACGGUAUUGUCAGGCCUGACAUUGGCCUUGUGCUUCCAAAUCUCCAGAAGCUUUCUUUGCCACUGAGUCAAGUUAGUGGACCCAUUCCACCUUCAUUGUCAAAUGCUUCAGAACUUUAUUUUUUUGAUAUCGGUGAAAGCCGAUUCACUGGGAACGUACCAACAGGUUUUGGAAAUCUACAGAACUUACAAUGGCUCAACUUUUAUGGUAAUUUUCUUCAUGAUGACUUGGAAUUUGUCACGUCACUGGCAAAUUGCAGCAAACUCCAACUUUUGGAUAUGAGUUUCAACCAAUUCCAAGGUAUAUUGCCCAACUCUAUAAACAAUUUGUCAUCACAACUAACAUGGCUAACUUUUGGGGGCAACAAUAUUAGUGGAAGCUUUCCCUCAGAGAUAUCAAACCUCUUCAACUUGAAUGUCCUCGACAUGGAUAGUAACUUGUUAAAUGGUAGUGUUCCAUCUUCAAUUGGAAAGCUUUCAAACCUGCAUAGCCUAUAUCUGGAUCACAACCAAUUCAUAGGUGAGAUACCCUCUUCCCUUGGCAAUAUCACUGGAUUUUUGCAUCUAAAUUUGGGUUUAAACAACUUUGAAGGAAGCAUACCGUCUAGCUUGGGGAACUUAAAGUACCUCCUAGUCCUCGGGCUUCAUGGAAAUAAACUUAAUGGCACCAUCCCCCAACAACUCAUGAGUCUCUCAGCCUCUUUUAACAUAGACGUGUCUUUCAAUUCCUUGACUGGUUCCUUGCCUACAGAACUUGGUGAACUCAAAAAUAUUCUUUUCCUUGUAGUUUCAAACAACAAACUCUUUGGUGAGAUUCCUAGCACAAUAGGAAAUUUGAUUUCCUUGGAACAUCUUGAGAUGCAGGAAAACUUAUUCCAAGGAUCUAUUCCUCCAUUGAAUCAAUUAAUGGGUCUUCAAUAUCUAGAUCUUUCACACAAUAACUUAUCAGGCGGAGUUCCACAAUAUUUUGAGACUCUUUCCACCUUAAUAUAUCUGAAUUUGUCGUUUAACAAUCUUUCUGGUGAAGUACCUAGUAAAGGAAUUUUCAAAAAUGCAACUGCAGUUGGAGUACUUGGCAACACUAAGCUUUGUGGAGGGGCCCCAGAGCUACACUUACAAGCAUGCCCCCUUCAAAAACACAAAAAACGUACUAAUCCAAUGUUGACUUUAGAAAUUGCCCUUCCUUCUUCAUUUCUUGCUCUGGCAUUGAUUUUUCUUUCACUAUACCUGACAAGAAAAACGAAGAAAAAAUCUCUUUCCUCACCUUCUUUUGGACGAUUUCAUCCAAAAAUAUCCUACCAGGAACUCCUCAAUGCCACUGGUGGGUUUUCAUCAAGCAAUUUGAUUGGCUCAGGUAGUUUUGGAAUGGUAUAUAGUGGAACUUUAAGUCCAGAGGGAACGACUGUUGCAGUUAAGGUACUCAAACUCAGCCAACCUGGAGCUUCCAAGAGUUUCAUGGCUGAAUGUAGAGCGCUGAGCAACAUUCAACAUCGCAAUCUUGUCAGGAUCCUAACUGCUUGCUCCAGCAUUGAUUUUGAGUGCAAUGAUUUCAAAGCUCUGGUUUACGAGUUCAUGCCAAACGGGAGCUUGGAAAGAUGGCUGCAUCCAGAAGAUGGUCACAUACAAUUGAGAAACUUGGAUCUUCUCCAAAGAAUAAACAUUGCGAUAGAUGUGGCUUCCGCAUUGCAUUAUCUUCAUAAACAAUGUGAAACACCAGUCAUUCAUUGUGAUGUAAAGCCAAGCAAUGUCCUACUUGACAAUGACUUUACUGCUCACCUAAGUGAUUUUGGUUUGGCGAGGCUCCUUUCAAAAUCGGGCAUAGAUGCUGUUUCAAGUCAAUUUACCUCCGCCAGUGUCAAGGGAACCACUGGAUACGCAGCUCCAGAGUACGGGAUGGGUGCUCCGAUGUCAACUCAUGGAGAUGUAUAUAGUUAUGGGAUUCUGUUGUUGGAGAUAUUCACAGGAAAAAGACCAACUGACAAUUCAUUCAGUGAUGAUUUAAAUCUUCGUAAUUUUGUUAAGAUGGCAUUGCCGGAGUUGGCAACAGAGAUGAUGGACCAAUUUUUACUAACCGAAGGGAUGCAAGAAGCUCAAAGUAGCAUUGGAAGUUCCAGUAACCAUAGAAAUGAAUGCAUUGAAUGCUUGAUAUCUACACUAGAAAUUGGAAUUGCAUGUUCAGCAGAAUCCCCAAGCGACAGAAUUGACAUCAAAGACGUUGACAAUCGUCUACUUUCAAUUAGAGACAAAUUCAUUGGAUCAAGAAGGCAUGAUUAA